AUGUCUACUCUUUCCUUAACUCCCUCGAGCGUCUCAUCGAGGACUGUGGUCUCCGCAGAUCAGUUCAAAACACAGCCACAGUUUGAGCAGGCUAUUCACAAUACUCUUCGCGAGGCUAAGGGCUUUCAUGAGCUCGUGAUUAUCAACGUGCCGCCAGGGUGGAAGGAUUUCCUCUGGCAAGUCGAGGAGGAUCUCCCUUCUAUUCGAAAGACCUAUAACCCAGAGAGCCGUUGUUUACGACUCAAAAUCAUGCCAAGUUAUGCCCACAAUUGCAUUGCCGAAUGGAUUUCAGCCUCAAUUUCCAGAGCCUGCGCGAUAGGUUUCCUGAACCCAGCAGAGCUAGACCUUCUCCUUCUACAACAAGGCACAACACUGUCAUUCACAAAUAGUCCAUAUCGCGGUCUCCGAAAGGAGCCAGAUGCUCUUCUCCACACCCCAUCGCAGCCCUUUCCAACUCUUGUCGCAGAGGUUGGAUGGAGCGAGUCGUAUAAUGACCUACUUGAUGACAUGAAUCGGUUACUCAUUGGUGCUAACGGGGCGAUCAAAAUCGUCAUUCUUGUUAAGUUGACGAAGCAUGCAAAUGACUCAGUCAGCGGAGUCCUCGAACUUUACAGAAAUUACCGACAAGGGAUCCCAAGACGCACGCAGACUGAAGUUAUUUUCCCUAUGCCUGCUGGUGACCCGGCUCAGCCACUUGACAUUCGACGUUGCGACCUGUACCCUGUCCAGUCUCCUCGCAAUCCAAACGAGAACUUUCCUCUGAUAAUUAGCCGCUUACGCUAUCACGCUCGGAUCAGUCUUGCGAAGGAGGGAUACGUGCCUGCCUAG